AGCGACGUAUGAGCACUUCCUCCACUAAAGAACAUUUUGAGUUUCUCCAAGUCUGGUCCGAAAUUCGUACACUUUAAUAUAUAUUUUUAAUGAAUGCAGAACCUUUGUCCGUGAACUCAGCGAGAAAAGAGUUUCAAGAUUUUGUUGAAACUAGAAAAGAACCUUUGCUAUCACAGAAUGCCACUGUAAAGACGACCACCGUUAACAGUUCUGCUCCUGUUACGACAGUCAGACCUACUGGAAAAACGCCAACCAAGUGCUGCGUGAUUGCCUGAUGAGCAUUCAAAAAUAGACGUUACUGAGACUUGUCUCAACAAACCAGGUUUCCUUCCAUACAUGGGUUUCUCUAAUGAGAAACUCAUUUGGACAUAGUCGAUUUGUUGACCACGUUAUUCUUGUACUCUAAAAACAUUGGCUUCAUUGCCUGUUGAUAUAUACAUACUUUUUUUCAAACCUCCUCCUUCCAAAUAACUUUUGAUCCGCAUUUUAGUGUUAUGAUUUAUACAAUAAUUUAUUAAAAUAAUAAAGCAUAUUUACUCGAAAGAGUCUACAAUAUAUUCUUAAGAGCGCCUGA